AUGGUCUUUUCCGUGUGGUCAUUAGAGCUUGGGUCGCUUCUCCUGAGUCUGUUAUCAUUUGCUUGCCUGAUCACUCUACUAUUUGUUUACGACCAAGAGCCCAUCUCAAAAUGGACCAAGUUUCCACUGUCUUUGAACGCCGUCAUUUCGAUCCUGGGUACCAUUUCUAAAGCGGCCCUAGCAUUUGUCGUUAGCAUGUGUCUUUCGCAAUGCAAGUGGAAUUGGGUUGGGAACUUUGCUGAACCGCUGGUCGACUUUGAUCGGUUCGAUGCUGCAAGCAGAGGGCCUUGGGGGAGUGGCCGACUUCUUAUAUCCAUGGCACGACGUCCCCACUGGGCAUCACUGGGCGCGCUCGCAGCACUCAUCCUGAUUGCAUUCGAACCAUUCCUCCAGGCCAUCCUGACCUUCCAAGACCAGACGAUCAGAGUUGACUUGAGCGAGUUGAACGAGGCUGAACCUACCAUUGGAAGCUGUUCUGUCCUGGACGCAGGGAGUUGGACUGGCACGAACCAAAUCGCCCUUCUCAACGUACCAUUCACCGGCUCAAACGGUAAAAAGCUACUCUAUCAGGCUACUGUUGGCCGAAGGGUACGCGUUGAUAUGGGAAUGACAGCUAGUCUCUGGAAUGGAUUCUCCUAUCUUGUCACAGCGGAUAGUCUCUCACCAUCCUUCUCGUGCAGGACAGGAAACUGCACGUGGGCAAACUAUACCUCUCUGGCACUCUGCUCCAAGUGCCAGGAUAUUUCUCAACAUGUCAAGAAAACAACAGGCGUUAUCAAGGUACCCAAAGGAAUCAGUUCAAGCGGAUGGAUCCUGGGGAAGAGCGAAGAGCUUCCAGACGUCAGCAACACCAUCCCUGAGGCCAACAUGCGCCAAGUUGGGAAAACUCUUGACUACACAAAGUACACGGUUCCGGGAAUCAACUUGAAGAUUUCAAACUAUAACGGAAAGACGAAGCGAGUGUCUGAAGAUGAAAAUUCUGCAUAUCCUGACACCUACCUCACGACGACAGCUACGACAAACCCCGGGAAGACAAUAUUCUUCCGUGACUCCCGCACACUAGCCCUCGCUGUUCAGUAUUUUGAGGCGGAUGACACAUGGAAAGACAACAAAACUACGUGGGAAGAUACCCCAGUCACGGCAAAGGAAUGCGGCCUCUACUUCUGCGUCAACCAAUAUGAGUCUGUAGUAGAGCAGGGAAUUUUGAAGGAGAAAGUGCUCGCUUCGUGGGCGAACAAGACCGUCGACUCGUACACUAACAGCGAGGGAGCACAGAAGGAGUACAUGAAGUACAAGAACAACUCCCUCGAUCUGGCCCCGGGAUAUGUCAUUGUGCCAGAUCUUCAGAUCUACAUCCCCGACAAAGACUUUCGCGCUCGCUCAGCGAAUCUUACGCAACAAACAUUCAACAUCUCUCAAACAACCGUUGUAUCUCUUAUCGAGAGUCUCAAGGAGGGAUUUUGCGCUCGAAACAGGAAUGGCACUGAGUGUGACUGGGAGAACCAGGUUCUCGUCUAUCCAUCUCUACCUGGCGAUGGGCCACCGGGGUUUAUGUUUGCGAUGGGCGAAUCGACUGAUAUCCCGGGAAUGAUCACAAAUGUGGCGUCCAGUGUGACCAAGUGGAUGCGCGAUCGCAAGUCGAAUUCGACGCCAGUGAAGGGCGAAGAGACUAGAUCAAUCGUCGUCACGAGGGUCCGAUGGGCGUACUUGGCGUAUCCCACAACGGCACUCUUUGUGGGAUUCAUGUUUGCAAUACUGGCCAUCUGGGAAUCAAGUAACCUGAAGCGCCCAGUUUGGAAAGAUAGUGCCCUGGCUACGCUUGCGUACUCCCCUGACGGAGAGUUUAGAGAAAGGCUCAAGGAGGCGGCAGUUUCUGGGAAAUUGUCAGAGGUGGCAAGAAACACCAAAGUUAGUCUGGACUAUCAAAUGGGGCAUGGAAAGAUUGUAUCGCGGGGAGAAAGGAAACAAAGUGCAGAGAUUCCAUGUUGA